GGAGGUCUCCGCCUGCGUGGCUGGGCCGAGCCUGAGUCGCGUCCCCACUGCUGGCCAGUGUCCUCUCGUGGCCGCUCCCUGCCUCAGAAGCCAGCCUUGGACACCUGCUCCUCCUUCUCAGCUCGGAUUCUGGAACCUCUUCCCUCUGAAGCCAACAUCUGGAUCCUGCUUUCGAAACCAGCCCCGGGUUCCUUCCCUUGUGUGCCUGGUGUCCCUCGACCCCCACCCCGACCAGGGGCCCUUGUCCUGGGCCAUGGCCCGGAGGGCGGGCCCUGGGCCUGGGAAGCUGGAAGCCCUGGUCAUUCUGCUCUUUCUUGGAUUAUUCCAGUCUGGAAUGCCCCCCUGCGGUUUGGCCUUCCAAGCACGCAUCACAGGCGGGAGCAACGCCAACUCUGGCCAGUGGCCCUGGCAGGUCAGCAUCAUCUACAGUGGCGUCCAUGUGUGCGGCGGUUCUCUCGUGUCUGAGCAGUGGGUGCUGUCAGCUGCUCACUGCUUCCCCAGCGAGCACCUUGCGCAAGACUACGAGGUCAAGCUAGGGGUCUACCAGCUGGACUCCUACAGCGCCGCCACCGAGGUCCGUGCUGUGGAAAAGGUCAUCUCCCACCCCAGCUACCGCGAGGAGGGCUCCCAGGGUGACAUCGCGCUGGUCCGCCUCAGCAUACCCGUCAACUACUCCCGCAACAUCCAGCCCGUCUGCCUCCCGGCAGCCAACGCCUCCUUCCCCAAUGGCCUCCACUGCACCGUCACUGGCUGGGGCCACGUGGCCCCCUCAGUGAGCCUCCAGAGCCCCAGGCCACUGCAGCAGCUGGAGGUGCCACUGAUCAGCCGCGAGACGUGCAACUGCCUGUACAACAUCGACGCCAAGCCCGAGGAGCCCCACUUCAUCGAAGAGGACAUGCUGUGUGCGGGCUACGUGACGGGGGGCAAGGAUGCCUGUCAGGGUGACUCUGGGGGCCCGCUCUCCUGCCCUGUGGAGGGCCUCUGGUACCUGGCGGGCAUCGUGAGCUGGGGCGAUGCCUGCGGGGCCCCCAACAGGCCUGGGGUGUACACUCUGACCUCCAGCUAUGCCUCCUGGAUCCACUACCAUGUGGCAGAACUCCAGCCUCGCGUGGUGCCCGAAACCCAGGAGUCCCAGCCUGACAGUGAGCUCUGUAACCACAACCUGGCCUUCGGCUCUGCCCCAGGACAAGGGGGACUGGGGCUCAGCCUCCUGCUGCCACUGGGCCUCACCCUGGGCCUCUUCUGCCUGUGGCACAAGCCCUGAGCUACUCACCCUGGAAGCUGCUCCUGCUUUGACACGUCAUACCCAAGGACAGACGCCCGUUCCCAGGAAGGAACCUGGCCACUCCCGGUUGGCCUUUAGGAUCGUGCGGUGUGAGGGCAGGCGCCAUCUGAUCUUUGAGCCCAUGCUCUGGCUUUGCUGUUUGGGCCGGGAACCCACAAGCAAGCUUUAGUGCCUGGGGUCCUGGUUAGAACAGCCUGGCCACCUCCACCUGCUGUCUUCAAGUCCACAGGCUUGGCUUCUGUGGAGCCGCCCCCAAGAACACUCAGUUACGAAAAGAGCCCGGGCUCCUACCCAUUUCUCCAAGACUGGGCAGCUGCCCCACCGCCUGCUGCUAAAAGGCCAGCCCCAGGGCCCCGCCGGCCCCGCCCCGGGCCCCUCACUCGCCUUUCCCUGUCUCCUGGGCUCGGCUGCCUUCAGGAUGGCAAAGGCCCCAAUCUUGCCCUAUUGACCACCAGGCCCCCUUAACCCUGACUCCUGGACUCCGGAGGACUGAGCCCCCACCGGAACUGGGCCGGGGCUUGGGUCAGGGUGGGGACGAGAAGAAUUAAAAAAACUGCGUGGAA